AUGCCUAUCCAAGACGAAAUUGUUGGAAAGUGGAACCUUGUUUCCUCUGAGAACUUCGAUGCCUACCUCAAAGAGGUCGGUAUUGGUAUGAUGACUCGGGCUGUUGUUACCAAACUGAAGCCAACUGUUGAGUUCGCCAUCAAUGGAGAUGAGUGGUCCAUGAACACUGUAUCCACUUUCAAGACUAUCCUCCAAAAAUGGAAACUCGGAGUUUCUGCCGAUGAUAAGACCGGUGAUGGACGUGAAGUCAACCAAACUUUCACUAUCGAAGAUGACAAACUCGUUCAAAUCGAAAAAUCAUUGGACGGAGGAAAAGAUUCCAAAUUUUUGAGAUACGUAACUGACGGAAAACUGACUGUUGAAUGCGAAUCCAACGGAGUCAAGUGCAUCCGCGUCUAUGAAAAGGCCAAGUAA